UUGUUUCUUUUAAUUAUAUUAUUGAGACCCCUCACAUUCCAGCUAACCCAUGCCACUCCUGGUUCAAACCUAUUGCAAACACUCAUAACUCUUUGAAUUGAUAGAGUUGUAAAGCCAUCUUGUUUGUUUGUCAAAUCUCAGUUCAGUGUCCCACGCAACAAAAGCAGUCAACCAUAUAAAACAGAGUAAAUACACAGAAUAUAAUAAUGGAUGUGUGGAAUUAAACAAACCAAAGAACACAGUCAGAAACCUCAAACUCCAUAACUCUUGGAACACAAAAACUGACGUAUUCAUGACCCCUCUCCCGCAGAUCCAAAAUAAAACAUUAAAUCUCAAGAACAGGAAGGGGGGGAAGGGAGCUCCGUGUGAGCUUCCCACAGGGUCCCGGUAUUUACAGUUUCUACACCCGUAAGUGUAUCCGCUUACCAUGACAGCCUGGACCCGACUGGAUCCCCAUUGAUUGAAAGAAAGAACCAAACCCCUCAACUGUGCAGCGGUCAUGCUCGUCCGACCCGGGCGGUACUCAUUUCCCCGAAGAGAGCUUUGUGAAUAUGAACUCUUUUGCUUUUAAAGGGUCUUUGAAGCGAUGCUCUUCACCCUCCGGGGUGGUGAUCCUGAGCGUAGCCGGAAAAAGAAGGCCAUACCGGACACGCUCAAGACCCCGCAGGAGAGACCUGACCUCGUUAAAAGCUGCACGUUGUUUACUGACAGCCAUAGUAUAAUCAGGGAGAACCAAGAUCUUGUCGCCGUCCUUGGUGCUGCGUUUAAGAAAACCGUAGAAACCUUCGGGGGAAUCGACAUUUUAUGCAACAACGCCGGCAUCCUGAACGAAACCAGCUGGGAGAAAACCAUUUCCAUCAACCUGAUGAGUGUGAUCAGAGGGACCUACGUGGCUCUGGAGCAGAUGAACCGGCUGAGCGGCGGCCGCGGCGGCGUCAUCAUCAACACGGCCUCCAUGGCAGGAAUCGGCCCGUUUCUGAGCUGCCCCUCUUACACAGCAAGCAAGUUUGGAGUGGUGGGAUUCACCCGAGCCAUGGCCGCUGCCUCUGAGGCUUCUGGGUACGGUGUUCGGUUCAACGCGGUUUGUCCUGGCUUCGUGCAAACCGACCUGAUGACCAACAUCCCGGUUCGGCUGGGUCAGUUCUCCAACCUGGCCGCUGCAACACACAAACUGGUUGACGUGAUGGGGACGAUAGCGGUUUCUGACGUCGCCGCCGCCGCCUUGGAGCUGCUGACAGACGACACCAAGAACGGAGAGGCCCUGCUGGUCUUACAGAGUGGAGCCACGUACAUGCAGUUCCCUUCAUUCAAUCCAACACAAAAUAAACCCUUAUAAUACGAACAACAACCAACAUCUGGAUUCAGUUCUGCAAAAAACCCUUCAGACCUGCUGUGGUCUUAAAUACCAACGAUUACAGCUCCUCUUUUCACCACAUUGUUUCUGUAAUUUACUUUCUCUCUUGUUUCUAGACAUUUUCUACCACCGAGUUUAAAACCCAAGCUAAGAAAACAAAGAAAUUAACAGCAUCACAGUAAAGAAUCAUUCUAUGGCAUUUAUUGACUGACAUUUCGGACAUUCAUAAAAUUCCUUCUAUAAAAAAAAUAAAAAAAUCACUAAACCAAACAAACUGCACCUUUAAAGGAAUUCAGAUAACAGUCUGAAGAACAGACGUGUAAAUGCCAUUUUAAUCAAUGUUUUUAUUAUUUUCAAAUGUAAAACUAAAUGAAAUGCACUACAAUACAACAUUUUCAUACCUAUUAAUGUGACUCUUUGGUGCUCUGGGGCAAUAAAAGCCUAUGAAGGAGGUCAAAUUUAAAAGAAAAGAGUUUUAAAAAGCCAUUAACACAUAAAAUGUUCCACACAGUUUAUAUUAGGAACACCAGCAGAAUGUUUGGAUUUUUGGACUAAUCCACGUAAGAACACAACAAAUGUGAAUAAUGAAAAAUCUGAAAACAAUUUCUUGAUCUUCUGAAGACAAAGGAGCCAGAAGGUUUAAAUCUGUUAGUCAUUAACUUUAAUGACAUUUUCUAAGAGCUGCUUUCAUGUUUCCACAGCAGACCAAAGGGCAGACAUGCAGCUUUCUGUAAACAGAACAUUUUCUGUUGUUUUCUCUGUGCUGUCGCUGAGCGUUUUCCUCCUCAGGCCAGGCGAGAACGUAACAACUGCUGCAGAAAUGUUCCUUUAAUCUGGAUGUUGCAUUAGUCAUUUAUAAACCAAUCGACAUACUUUGUAUGCAUGUCACCAGAACCUGGACAAUAAAAUCAACAUUUAUAUACACAUUA